UAUAUGUAUACUUUGAAAAAUCUUUUUAUUUAAGAUUGAUUGGAAAUAACGUCUGGUUAAGAUACGAUGGACGAUGGUGAGGAUCCCGGGUCCCGCCAAAAGGUCCAACUGAUGCUGAUCUCUCUCCUAACAUAACGAAAACAGCCAUAAGAGUAAGGAUCCACUGGAAAUAACAUAGAAACUUCUCUUCUCAAAAGAAUUAACUCGCUGUAUCAGCGUAUUUAUCGCCAUCGAGAGGCUUCUGGUCUUCGUAUCUGCAAUACAAUUUCCUGUCUUUCACUAACCGACACCUUUACUAGAUCGUCAAUAUCCUCGUAUCUAUUAUAUCAUUCGUUUCAACAACCCUCUCUCUCUCUCUCUCUCUCUCUCUCUCUCUCACGCGGAGUGUAAGCUACUAGCCAAAAAGUACAGAUAUUUGGGUCUAAAGUUAGCUCUCUUGGCUCCUAUGAAUAGUGGUUUGGAUGGUGUGAAAUUAUUUUUUGUACGAUUGGGCGGUAGUUACCACUUCAGUGCUUUAAAGAUUUGAGCCUCUGUUAUUCAUAAAUAAAGAGUCUUUAUUCGUAAUUUGGGGAAUCGAAGAUCUGGGUUUGUGUUGAUUUGAGAUGGGCACCUCUGGAGAGAAGGUUGUAGCUGUGAUUAUGGUCGGUGGACCCACUAAAGGGACUAGAUUUCGGCCAUUGUCAUUGCAUGUUGCCAAGCCUCUUUUUCCUUUAGCAGGAAAACCAAUGGUUCAUCAUCCAAUAUCUGCUUGCAAAAGGAUUCCAAACCUAACGCAGAUCUAUCUUGUUGGUUUCUAUGAAGAACGGGAAUUCGCAUUGUAUGUUUCAUCAAUCUCAAAUGAGCUUAAAGUUCCUGUGAGAUAUUUGAGGGAAGACAAGCCUCAUGGAUCAGCUGGUGGGCUUUAUAACUUCAGAGAUCUAAUCAUGGAAGACAGUCCGUCUCAUAUCUUCUUGUUGAAUUGUGAUGUUUGCUGCAGUUUUCCACUCCCAGAAAUGCUUGAGGCUCAUAGAAGAUAUGGUGGGAUGGGAACCAUUCUAGUAAUCAAGGUUUCUGCUGAGUCAGCCAGCCAGUUUGGUGAAUUGGUAGCUGAUCCAGACACCAAAGAAUUGUUGCAUUACACAGAGAAACCUGAAACUUUUGUAAGUGACUUGAUAAAUUGUGGUGUGUAUGUGUUUACACCAGAUAUAUUUACAGCCAUCCGGGGUGUUUCUUCUCAACGGAAAGAUAGAGCUAAUCUCAGACGUCUUUCCAGCUUUGAAGCACUACAAUCAGCCACAAGGAGUCUUCCCACAGAUUUUGUAAGACUGGAUCAAGAUAUCCUGUCACCACUUGCAGGGAAAAAGCAGCUAUAUACAUAUGAAACCAUGGAUUUCUGGGAGCAAAUUAAAACUCCUGGAAUGUCCUUAAAAUGCUCUGCUUUGUAUCUUGCUCAAUUCAAGUACACCUCCCCACGUCUUUUAGCUAGUGGAGAUGGCUCAAAGGGUGCCACAAUUAUUGGUGAUGUUUUUAUUCACCCAUCGGCAAAAGUACAUCCAACUGCUAAGAUUGGUCCCAAUGUCUCAAUAUCUGCUAAUGCCCGAAUAGGACCAGGUGCAAGGCUCAUCAGUUGUAUCAUCCUAGAUGAUGUUGAAGUCAUGGAAAAUGCAGUUGUUAUUCAUGCUAUUGUUGGGUGGAAGUCCUCCAUCGGGAGAUGGUCUCGGGUCCAGGCUGCAGGAGAUUUCAAUGCCAAACUUGGGAUUACAAUCCUUGGUGAAGCUGUUAGCGUUGAAGAUGAAGUCGUGGUGGUUAACAGCAUUGUUCUUCCAAACAAGACGCUCAAUGUUAGUGUUCAGGAGGAAAUAAUCUUAUAGUGGACCUGGAUGUAGACCCCACAUCCAUUUUCACUCCCUCUCUCUCUCUCUCUCUCUCUCUACGGUGCUAUAAUGUUGAUCUAGAAACGCCAAUAUUUUUGGACUUGUUACCAAUUUGUAAAUUGACAUCCACAAAUUUUAAUAAAGAAAUUUGAUAGUUUGAUAUGAACAAA